AUUGGUAUCUUAUAUGGAAGAGAAUGGAAUACAAUUUUUUUGGUUCGAGACUUAACUAAAGAUAGCCCUUGCAACCGACAGGGUACUCUGAAAGAAAUGCAACAGGUUAGGGUCUCCAGUUUCACCACGUGAUUAUGAUUCUAACCGCAAAUUACGUGUAAUCAUUGUGCGAAUGCGAAUUUUAUUUUCGGCGUUGUUGUGCAUUUUUGAUUCGUUCUCAGAUUUUUGUGAAAUAACCCGUUCUUGAAUAACAUUUGUAAAUAAACAUAGUGCACUAGAACUUGCAGGUGUAAAUACAUAGGAAAACAUUACUGUUUCGUAAAUUGUAAAUAAAUAACUUGAACUGUUUACUGUUCGAAGUAUUUGUGUAGUUGUGAAAAAUAUAGUUGUGUCGUGUAUAUUAAAGGUUGAAUUAAUUAUAAGUGUUUGGUGUUUUGAUAUUAAUGUAAAUAGGUAAGUCCACUUUUCGAAAUAGUAUAUUCCUUAAACAUCUUACUGUUUUAGUUGUUUAGUGCGUCGCAGCGUAAUGGACCUUCCAUAUAUAAAGUACAAACUCAAGUGCUGUGUACCUGGCUGUACUGACAAAACUAGUAAACGCCAUCGAUUCCCUAAAGAUGUACAAAUGUUGCGGAAAUGGGUUGAAGUUAUACAGAAUUCCGCACUUAUGAGCCAGGAGCCAUAUACAAUUUAUAAAUCUUCUUAUGUUUGUGAUCGACAUUUUUCCCAAGAAUAUCUAGUACCUGGUACCAGAAGAGGGCUAUCACGAAUUGCUGUACCUACACUGUAUUUAACAGCAUUUCCUGAUGUAAUGUCUACAUCUGCCAUAAGCAUUUGUUCAACGUCUGGGGCAACCUCUACAUCUGCAGCAAUAUUUUCAAUGGAUACGAGCGUCUGUGUAGGUUCCAUUGCUGACACGGACCAAUAUUCCACCAGCCAGUCAUUAGAUAAUGCUCAGAAAGUGUCAUCAGUAAGACAAGAUCCAAGUAUAAUGGAGUCUAUUUUUAUACCCGACAUUGAUACACCAACAACUUCAACAACGAUCGCCAUGAAAGAACCAGAACCGUCUAUUAAAGUUUCCAAAAGAAGACGUAUUUUAAAUGCUGUGGAAGUGACACGACAAAAUCAAUUAACACCACGCUGCAAAAAGAUGUAUCAGAUCGUGACUGAAUGGGGAAAGAAAACAGCUAAAUUACAGCAUACAUUUGGAAAUUUGCAAAAACGUUUGGCUUUGGCUGAGAAGGUGGCAAAAAAGUCAACAUUCACUGACCUAAUGGAUGCAGUGAAUGAAACCACAUAUAAAUUUAUUCUGCAACAAAUCCGCACACAACAACUUCCACCAAAGGCCCGUCGCUUUUCCCUGGACGACAAAAUAUUGGCACUAUCGUUGUUAAAGGCGAGUGGAAAAGGUUAUCGGCUUCUCUCAAAAAUAUUUUGCCUUCCAUCACGCCGAACCUUAACAAACUUAUUAAAUAAAGUACCGUAUCGUCCAGGUAUUAACAAACACAUUGUAAAUAGCCUCGAGAGUGUUGUUGCAAAUUUAUCAACGAACGAAAAAUUAUGCGCUGUGGUAUUCGAUGAAAUGGCCAUCUCUCCUUCAUUGCACUAUAACAGCAAAUUAGAUUGUAUUGAGGGGGUCGCUGAUUAUGGAGGGAAACGGUAUCCCCAUCUCGCUGAUUAUGCUAAUGUGUUCAUGAUUAAGGGUGUUUAUCGACAGUGGAAACAACCCUUUUCAUUUACUUUUUCGAAUGGCCCUCUUUCCUCAACACAAUUGAAGCAGCUGAUUGAAGAAGUUAUUACUGUAUGUCAACAAGUUGGACUUAAAGUAGUGGCUACAAUUUGUGAUCAAGGAUCAGCUAAUCAAGCGGCAAUUAAUGCACUAUUAAAAGAUGCAAAUGAGUAUUUUUUACAAAAGGGAAUGGAAAAUCCUCAUCUUGGUUUCUUCAUUAAUAAUCAAGAAAUUGUGCCUCUGUACGAUGUGCCACAUCUGUUUAAAGGCCUUAGAAAUAACUUAUUAACCAAAAACCUUCAUUUUACCAAGAAUGGUGUGGAGCAAGUAGCUACAUGGAAACAUAUCGAAUUACUGUACUUUUUGGAUACGUAUGAUGAUACACGAUUAUUGACAAAAUUAACAGAUGCUCAUGUAAUGGCCAAUAAAAUAAAUAAAAUGAAGGUGUCCAGCAUGACGCAAGUAUUUAGCUAUGGUGUUGGGUCACAUCUGCAACGCUUUGCUGGUUGGGAUACACAUACGGAUUACAGUUUGCCUUCUGAGGCUAACCAAACAGGUGAACUUGUAUUGUUUAUAGACAAGCUGUUUGAUAGCCUCAAUGGGAACCGUAAACUACCACCUGCAAGUAAACCCCUUAAAGGUGCCUUCACAUUAACAUCAGGACAUGAGGAAUUUUGGAGUGAAGCAAUUCAUAUUAUACGGUCAAUGAAAUACUGUGAUCCGAAAACAGGAAAAUUAGCAAGAGUUCCGUCUGUUACAAAUUUGCAGAAGACAGUAAAGGGGUUCAUAUAUUUUAAAACAUCACUCUUACAUAAAGUAAAGUAUAUUUUACCAAGGGCAUUUAACCAAGACUGCCUAGAAAAUUUUUUUGCAUGCCUCAGAGGGUAUGGCAGAAGAAAUGUGUGCCCAAAUGUUAACCAUUUUAUUCCCUCAUUUAAGGCUUUAUUAAUCAAUAAUUUCUUAUCCACUCAUUCUAUUGGAGCAAAUUGUGAAUAUGAUUUUAAUGUAGGUGCGCUCGAUAAUUUACGCGUAUUUGUAACUGGAGAAGAUAUUGCUGGCAUUUCUCCUUUCGAAGCUGAUAUAAAGGAUGACAUACCUGUGAUUACACAUUGCAAAAAAACUCCUGUGGCGAAAGCUACUAUAGCUUAUGUAGCUGGUUUCAUUGGCAGAAGGGUUUUAAAAAAAACAAAAUGUGUUAAAUGUAAAGAAUUGUUAACAGCUUCAGACGGUAAUGUGCCUUUACAAGUAAUAGAAGCUAGAGAAUAUAAAAAUUCUCAAUUAUUUCGGCCAGGGAGUUGCUUGUAUUUUCUUGUAAGCCAAACAUGUACUUUAUUAUUUUAUUUAAUACCUAGGCACUGCCAUCAAUAUAUGUUGCGUAAGAGGUUAGUGAAAUAUCUGACACAGUCAUUAAAUUUUAAUAUUCUUAAUUGCACAACACAUACACAAUUAGGAACACUAGUUGUUAACUUACUAGUUACGACAAUCUUACAUUUUUGGUGUAAGCAAGUGGGUAGAAUUUUAAGUGGGACAGAUCAACGAUUUGUUAAUUUAGUGUCGAAAAGAUCAGAUGUAACUUCAGUUGAUCCUGUAAAACUGGAAGCUUUGAAGAAAUAUAAAUCUAAGUUAAAAAAAAAAUUUGCAAAGUGAUACUAGUUACCGUUAAAGUGUUCAGAUUUAUUUUGAUUAUAUACAAUAAACGAUACCUAUUGUUAAUCAAUGUUAAGUGCAUAGAAUAAUAGUUAUUUAUUAUACAAGACGAUAAAGGGAUGCUUUAACAUCGAGUGAAAGCGUUUAAUUCACGAGCGCCAAGUGAAUUACGUUUUCACGAGAUGGUUAAUGUCCAUUUAUCGUCGUGUGUAAUUCAAAACUUUAUUUCAUAGCGGAAGUCAUAUCCAUAAGUAAUCAUAGAACUUCUAAAAAUUCGGUAUUUAUGUGAAACGUCAAAAAUAGCAAGCUGGUGUUCUUUUAAUCAUUUCCAUUAAAUGACAGAUGUCAUUAGAAUUCACAUUCAUUUAAUUCACUUUAUCUACCCUUGCUGUUAGUGAUUCUUUAUCUAUCCAACUACUUUCAUCACAUUAAAGUGUAAUUUUAACAGCUGUUAAAAAAUAAAUGAU